UCUAGCCUGUGUGUGUUUUGGUUCUAAGGGGGAAGUUGCGAGAAAAAGAGAGAGGAGGAGACUUUGUCGGAUCUGGUUUAAUAUUACUUAUUUGUAAAGUAGUACAAAACAUACAAUCCUCAAUAAUCGUCCUGGGACUCCGUGUAGAAAACCCGUUUACGUACGGUUGUUCCUGAACGUCAGUUUUGUAUCUGAGAAGAAAGAGGACUGUAUUUAAAAGCUCAGAGCAGGACUGGUGUUUCGGUCAUGGCAAGUCGGGGAGGAGCAACUAGACCCAAUGGACCAAACUCUGGCAAUAAAAUCUGUCAGUUUAAACUAGUUCUGCUUGGAGAGUCUGCUGUUGGAAAAUCCAGUUUAGUGCUUCGUUUUGUGAAGGGACAGUUCCAUGAGUUCCAAGAAAGUACAAUAGGAGCUGCUUUCCUAACUCAGACUGUUUGUCUGGAUGACACAACAGUGAAGUUUGAGAUAUGGGACACAGCUGGACAAGAACGUUACCACAGUUUAGCACCAAUGUACUACAGAGGAGCUCAGGCUGCUAUAGUUGUAUAUGACAUUACAAAUGAAGAGUCAUUUGCGAGAGCAAAGAACUGGGUAAAAGAACUUCAAAGGCAAGCUAGUCCCACUAUUGUAAUAGCUUUGGCUGGCAACAAGGCUGACCUUGCUAAUAAGAGAGCUGUUGAUUUCCAGGAAGCACAGUCGUAUGCAGAUGACAACAGUUUGCUGUUUAUGGAAACCUCUGCAAAGACAUCAGUGAAUGUGAAUGAAAUAUUUAUGGAAAUAGCAAAGAGAUUGCCCAAAAAUGAACCACAGAGUACAGCAGCAAACAGUGGGAGAAACCGAGGAGUAGACCUUACUGAGACUGCUCAACAAAGCAAGAGCCAGUGCUGUAGUAACUAAUGUUGGAGUCUUAUUACAAAUUGCAUCUCAAAUAAGUCACUUCCUAAUUCUGAAUAACAAAGGAAUAAUAUAGGUGUUUUAACUUGUCCUGAAUUACACCCAGAAUAGUUAAGACUGUGUAUAGGUACAUUUCUAAUACAAAGUUUAUUUUAUGUCUCUUGAAUUUUUAUUUAAAAAAAAAAAAAAAAAAACUUCAAAGAUGUAGAUGCAUGUAUCACUACAAGGUCGAAAUACACAGUUUUAACAUUCUUCAUCAGCAAAAAAAAAAAAAAAAAACACCUUUUAAUGCUGAAAAGGACAUACCUGUCUGAUUUCUUGAGGGAUGCUGGUUAGUUUUCCCCUUCUGGUUGAUAGCUAUGAUUCAUUAGUGGCCAAGGCAAUGGUCUCUACUUGUUCUUUUAUUGUACCCAUGGCUUCCCAACGAACUAAAUGGUAGCAGUAGAACAAAGUCUCCCAUUCCUAGGUCCUUCGGUCAUGCCUGCUUCUAUCUGUUGUAGUGGCAUUGUGCAAUUGUGCAGUAUUUCUGCAGUGGCUAGUGUCUGCAAGGACCCUCAUCAAAUCCAUGCAUUCCUUUUAUAGUAGUUACAUUAUGCAAACCAAUCUGUAAAAUUGCAUCAGUAAUAUGGGGUUAUUUGCAAAUGAACAUUUUCAGUUUACUCACAUUAAAACUGGAAAGAAAAUCUGCCCUAAUUUUAAUCAUGAUCUAACAGUCCUGAGACCACAUUUGAUAAUUAAUAGUUGGAAAUGGUUAUUUCUGAUUUCAAAUGUUUUUUUUUUUUUUCUGCUAACAGUGGUUUGACUAAUUUUCAUACAUCUUAAUUGUUUUGGGAACAAACUGUUAAUGUUCUUUUAAAACAUGUAGACCAUGCCUUGCACUAAAAUGCUCAUGAAUAUUCAUUUUCAUUAUUAUAGCUGGCUUGGUAAAAAUAACUUUCUGUAAAUAGGGUGUUGCAGUGUAGUCUACUUUUAAAUAUAUCAUGUAUUGGACUAAUGCCUGCUAGGGAGUUGUUUUAGAUAACCAUACAAUAUGUACAGUAACUGAAUCGGUUCUAUAAAGGGUUUGGAGUUUUUCACAAAUGGCAAAUUAUAAUCAGUGGUGGGCUUUAUAAAUGUAUGUUGUGUUAACAUUGACAUUUGAACUUGCAUUUCCUUAGUGGUUUGCCUUGUGCUUUCUCAAAAUGAAUUAUGUCUCAAUUUAUAUUUUUAGUAUUUCUUUUGCAUUGCACUAAUUAUUUUAGUGUCAAGUCAAUGAUUUCCCCAUACAAUAUUAUACCUUGUAAAAUAAGAAAUAAUACAAAAAAAACUAAUAAAAAAAAAAAAAACUAUUGGGGUAGUAGUUCAACUGCUUAAUAGACAGAUAGCUGAACUGUUCAAUAAACUGACUGACUUGUCACUUUUAACAACAUCGUUGUAAACGUAAUAAAGAAAGGUCUGAUCAGUUGUAUUGUUCAGGUGCUACCAUAUGAAUAAGUUAAACAAGCAGAUAUUGUAUACUGUUUGUGAACAUUUAAUGCAGUUGAAAGCUAAAUGCAAAUGAUUUACGGUGCUGUAUUACCAAAUAAAGAUAAAAAAAAAAUUG